AUGUUGUAUCAGGCUUCUUCGUCAAAUAGUCCUGCACCGGCAGGAGAAAAGGCUAAAGGAGUGGUUAUUGAAAGAGAACCGACUCCUCCAAUGAACAAAGAACAGAGGGCCGUUUUGGUGGAGCACCAAAACAGGCCUGAAAAGGCAGACAAAAGGCCUCCUCACGGAGGACAGGGUUCUGCUAAAGAUAAGAACGUGUCUCAUGCUCAUUCAGCCCCAGAGACUCGGGGGGCAAAUCCAGGCAUGAAUUUACAGGUACAAGAGGCAGGCCCACGACCGCUUCCAGUGCCAAACAUGAUCGGAAGAGAUCAAGUCCUGGAUUUACUACAAGUACAGCUAGGGCCUGGAUUCAGACCUGUGGGCAGACCUAUGUAUAGGAAGCCCCACACAGAGGAGGUUGACGGCGAGCCUUUUCCCAUGGGGCACCGUGUUCCUGAAUUUCAGACCUUCACAGGCGAGAAUAUGCAGUCCACAGUAGAACACAUUACUCAAUUUCAAGUGCAGUGUGGAGAGGCUGGAACGAAUGACAAACUCAAGUUAAGGCUUUUUCCAAAUCCCUUGAUAGCAACGGCCUUCCCCUGGUAUAUCAAUCUGCCACCCAAUUCUAUCCACACCUGGGCUCAGCUCGAGGAGAUGUUUCACCAGCAGUUUUAUAGGGUUGAACCAGAGAUCACGAUGGUGGAUUUGUCGCGUUAUCGUCCACUUCCACAAGAGGGCAUGGAAUCCUAUCUUUUACGAUUCAAGACAGCACGUUUCAAGUGUAAGAUUCCUUUGCCCGAGGCCGAACAUGUGCGUUUAGUGUUGAACGGCCUGGACUUUGAGUUCAAGAAGAAGUAUCAUGGUACGAAAUUUCGAGACGUGUUCGAACUGUCUGCAAAGGCCUCGCGUUAUGAAAAGCUUCUGGUGGAAGAGAAGGACAAAAAGGCAGCUUCCAAGGGGACGUAUUAUCAGGACCCUAAUUAUGAUGUUGUCGCGGUUGAGACAGAGGCUAGUGUGGAUGUCGAUGUAGCUGAGAUCGUCAAUAGAAAGCCUUACGUCUGCAAGGCCUUCGUCAAGAUGGAACCAACGAAACAACCGAUUCAAGAAACGUCUAAUAGGCCGACCAAGGCUUACACCUUUGACAUCAGUAAGGCAGAGGCUAUUUUCGAUCAGCUCUUGGCGAACAAGUUGUUGAAGUUGCCCUUUGGCCACAAGAUCUCAACAUUGGAUGAGCUAAAGGGCAAAGAAUACUGUAAGUAUCAUAAUUCUUGGAGUCAUUCAACGAAUAAUUGCUUUGUGUUUAGAAAUGACAUUCAAGACAAGAUUGAUCGGGAAGAAUUCAAGUUUCCCGAAAAGGACAAAUAA